AACAGUUCAUUAGUCAUUACUUAAAUAGUAACUUAUUUUUAUUGGUGAAAUACUGAAAUGAUUAAUGUAAAAUUCUAAUUACAAAUUAAUAAUAACGUUUAUUUACAAAUUACUGAAGUCUAUUACUAUUAUCCAUAUUUUCUGAGUACCUUUUUUUAUAAAUUAUGGAAAAUUCAGAAAAUCAAUCUAUCAAAGUUGGAUCAUUAGAAGAGGAAGCUCGAAAACGAAAGGAACGAUUGGCAAAUUUGAAAAAAUCUUUAGAAAAUAAAAAUGAAUCUAAAAACAAUGAAAACAAUGUGGAGAAACCAUUACCAAAGCCAAGGUUUAAAAGUUAUAUUCCAGAAGAUGAAGGACUUAAAGCUGAACUUAUACCUACCCCUCAGCCAGGUGAUAUUGUCGCUGAAGUUGAGGAUCAAUUAAAAGCUGGAGAAACUGUUUUUACUGUUCAGGAAUUGGAUUUAAACACAUUGGCACCAAGAAAGCCAGAUUGGGAUUUGAAAAGAGACAUAGAAAAAAGAAUGGCAAAACUUGAAAGGCGAACACAAAGAGCAAUUGCAGAACUAAUACGUGAUCGAUUAAAAGGAGAACAAAACAUAGAUUUAGCAACAGCUGUAAACGAAGGUGCCAGAGCAAAUGCUCAAAUUGAUAAUGACGAAGAGUAAUUUUUUUUUUUGUUUUGAGUGAAGUAAUACUGUAUAUAAUUAUUAGUAUAAUUUACUUGUGUAAAUAUUAUAAUGAAACAGUUUUUAAAUUGAA